UUUCAGUGUAUUACAAACCUCGGAACAAGCCACAUUUUCUAUAAGUAUUAUCAACAAAAAUAUUUCCAUUUCCCUUUUUGGCUAGUGCGCCGCAAAAGCAAAGAGUACAAAUUCAUUGUUAACUUUUAGCAAUACCAAAAGCCAGAACAAAGGUCGAAGAAGUUAGGAAGGCUCGAAGAGUCGUCGCCGUCAAGUCGUGUGCAUUUCAGAAUGAAUCCCACCAAUUUGGGCAGGCAGAACGGGGCUCUGGUGCUGGAGGUGUUGAAGGUGCUGGGUCGUCCGGCGACCAGUUACGAGGUGGCCGAGCGGGUGGCCGACGUCUACCGGCUGCCGCUGCACCGCAUCCGUCCGGUGGUCACCGACGUCCUCGAGGGAGGGAGGCGCGAGGGCUUCUUCGGCUGCCUAAAUGGCCGCUACUCGGUGGUGCAGCCGGUGGUGGAGCAACUGGGCCGGGACAUCGAUCAGUAUGCGGCCGAGAUUCUGUCCGAGUGCAGUGCCCCGGGAGCCCUGCCCCAGAUGUCGCCCCUGAUGCUGAAGCUCCAGCAGCUGGACGGAUCGCCGCCCAUGGUGAAUGGGAGCCGCUACCGCCGGACGACCUCGGGGGAGCAACGCGAACGGCUGCCCUCCGGGGAUGUGCCCCUGGAAGCCCGUCUCCUCAUGCUGCCCGUCUCUCCGCUGCUGUGAAAAUUCUCCAUCUCGCAAAUUGUACCGCCCAUUGCACAGAUCUGUGAGUGCAAUCAAAAGCUUCUGGCGUCCAAUAAACUCGGAACAUGGCUCCGAAUUUGGA